AUGGCUCUGGCGAAUGAGCCUCACGCCGGUGAUUGCGAAUCGACGAGAAUCGAAAAUGCGAACGAGCGAUUUAAGCGUCAAGGAGUCUCACGAUCUGGUCGUGUUGGCGACUUCUGCUCAUUUAACACUGAUUGUUUGGCGGGGAUGUUCUGCUCAGCAGGGAGUUGCACUUGUUUAAGCAGUUUCGUUGCCAUUGAAGGAUAUUGUUAUUUAAAGAAGAAUCCAGGAGAAAGUGAUUGUAAUUAUGAUGAACAGUGCAGCGCAAUAUGGCCAGAAGCAAAGUGCGAAAAUGGUCAAUGUGUAUGCCCCGACGCCGUGAAUGGAGUCCCUUAUGUUCAAGCACAUACUCGUGAUGGGUUUGUUUGUGUCUUAAAGGCUGGUGAAGAUGGAGAUCCCGUUCCAAAAUGUCCAUUGCCUGAAUAUGAUGAUGAUCUUCUCGCUAUGCCUGUCUCGCAGCUAAGAAAUCCAGCAAUGACCAGUGAUGAACCUAUUACCAUAGGCGAGAACAUAUAUCCACUGCAGUUCUGUUCAUCCAGAUCAACAGACUACAAACGAUUCAGUAAAAAUGGUGGUGGUGCUUGCGUAUUUUCUGAUAAUGUAGAAGAGGGUGCCGAAGGCAUUUAUAUUGCUGAUAUCUAUGAUUGCGUUGAAGUUCCCAUGCAAGAUGCAAAAGCAGUCAUGUCAGAAAUUUACAACAUUCAUCCACUUGCUGAUGGAAUUUGUUGUCCCAAUAGAGCUUUUACAUGUAUUCAACCGAAAAGGGAAGCUGAUGUUGGGUUAUCUUCUGCAGCUGGAAUCCGACCACGCUGGUGGUACAAUGCAGUAACGGGUGCUUGUGAGCAGUUUAUGUGGGACCCAUGGGAUGAAACCGAAAUGCAAUCACCAAAUAAUUUUAAAACCCGCCAACAUUGCGAGUCUUAUUGUCAUGAUAACGAACGGGUCGGUAAUUGCCAAACAGCUAAUUCAUGCAUGACGAAUUAUGAAUGUAGCAAUGUUGGUUCGAUGCAACUUUGUUGUCCAACUAUCGCGAGUAUUUGUAGUAAUGCGGGUGGACGUCCACUUGUUCCUUAUCGGCUUACAAACUUUGACCCUGGAUAUACUUUAAAAAAGUAA